AUGUUGAUGAAGUGCUAAUUAAAUUAAUAGAAGAUGAAAGACAAAAUUAACAUGGAAUUAUAAAUAAAUUGGAAUAGAUGUUAGCCAAGUUUAAUGCAGAGGAAUAGUUAAUUCUCAUUAAAUAGAGUUCUUAUUAAACUAAAAUAAUAUAUUUAUUUAAGUCCAGUUAGGUUAAUCAAUCUAGCUUCCUCUAUAUUAGAUAAUGUACAUGAUGAAAAGCUAGAACUUGGAUUUAAAAAAUAUUGUUUAUUUGCUGCACUCUAUUUCUAAAACAUCAAAGAUUUUCAAAGAUUGGAUGAUAAAGUUGUUCAUUCAUAAAAUACAUUUUUUAAACCUUCAAAGAUAGGAAUAAUUAUGAGAAAUUGA